AUGGAUGAAGACUCAGACAGCUCAGUUGUCUCUGACGACUCCCUCUUGAAUUUUGCACCUAGAACUACUCCCAAGGAUACUACACAUGUUCCUCAAACAAGUCAAUUGGUAGAAAUCCCCGCAAUAUUCACCGUAGAGGGCGAAAAGAACAGAAAGCUUCUCCAACAGAACGAAGAGAUCCAAAAUUCCAUUGUAGAGGAUCAAAAGCGGGCUCUUGAAAGAAGUAAUGCUACUAAGGAAUUGCAACUCCGAGUUCUCGACGAGAUCAAUGACAAUGGCUCUGAUUUCUUGUUUUCAAUGAAAAGUGAUGCCAAGAUCAUCGAGGAUUACAUGGAAAGAAUUCAUGGCCAGGAUACGAAUAUUUUGUUUGAAAGGCACUACUACUUUCUACUGAAUUGUCCGAUUGUCAAGCUCGACUUACCUCUGAACCUGGUUCUACAACUGGUGAUUGAAGAUCUGCCAGCCAUGAUGCAAGAUCAGUUGAUUUUUGAUAGAAUAAUGCAGGCCAAUAAUUUAAAUGAUUUUGACCUUCUAGUAUCUGCAUUACGUUACGGAAAAGAUCCUGCUACAUUACAAUUGGCGAGACAAGCGAUCUCUAGAAGGCCACAUAACGAAAAGUGGGACGAAAAUCCACUGGCAAACGACCAAAAAGACCUUUUUGGAAAGAUAAUAGCUGCUAUCGGUGGCUUAGAGACGGAAUACAUGACCUUAAAAUUGGUCCACUACAAUAAUAAUCCAGAAAUCCUGGUCCACAGGCUCAGCAUCAUCUUCAAAUUUCAUCUCAAGUAUUUGAAAGACACAAGUAUAGCAGACCGACUCUUUCGCACUUUUGUUCAUGCCAGCUCAGACUUCCUUCUUAACAAGACAUGUAACCAUGCGUUAGUGACAGAGCUUAUGAUCCCAACGUUCUGUAAAUUCGUGAGCUGGCAUACGCAUCAAUUUGAUAAAAUAAUUGAAGACUCGGUGGCACAAGCCUCUAUUGCUGAAAAGUUACACAUAAUACUUGCCCUGCUAAAGGUACAAAUAUUCAAGGAGAAUCUGACGCAUAAAGCAUGGGAACAGCACUAUGCAUUCCUCGAGAAUUUGAGUUCUCACGAGAGUGUUAUGGACGAACACUCUCAAAACGUUUUGGACCGUUUAAUACAUCUAUUCUUGGAUACAGAGCCAGCUCCAAACCUGUUGCGUCCCAUGAUUUCAGUUCUACGAAAGUUAGCGACGCAGCUGGCUGCGCAAUCAAACGAGACCGAAAGCUGUGGUAUGUUUGCUGUCAAAUUGGUGAUAUCUCUUCUAAGCAAGGACCUCAAUCGAUGGCUAGAUUUUCCACGACAAGAGUUCCACGACUUGAACGAACAGUUGCGUGCGACAAAAAGCGAAUACCAGCGGGCCAUUGGCAGCCCCCAUUUGGCUCGUAUGGAGCCCAUGAAGAGACACAAAAUCUCAAUGGCCUUGGGCGAAGCAUAUCAUGAUCUUGACUACAUGAGUACUGUGCUCGAUAAGAAUAUGAUUCUCAUACGAAAUAAUGAGUUCUACGAAAGUACCUGA